AUGGCGCCUACCUCACCCGCUCAGACGACAUCCGUGGAUUUCAACUCGCCAAAUUCGGCCCCUCGUUUCAUCUACGUAUCUGGUUCCAUGCAGCCAGCCUCGCUGUCCCGCGAAAUCGACGACGUUACGUACAAUUGA